GGAGAAGAUGAGACUGAGAGCGUUUAUAACAAAGAAAUCAAUAAGAUCGGAGUCAUUGAUAAUGAUAAAAAUGAUGUUAAUAUUAAAAUUUCUUUUAAUGCUAAAUCAGACGUUAUGAUACAAACAAAUUAUCCUUUAUCAAAUAUCAACAAUAUACCAUUUGAUACUAUUGCUUUGAAUAUGCGAUAUACUGGUACAAAAUAUGCUGAAAAAUGGGGCAAAGUAAAUGAUGUAAUAGGUUGUGGUUAUUGUCCAAAUACUGGACAAAUUUUCUUUACAAUGAAUGGUAAGAAUUUGGGUAUCGCUUAUACCAGUCUAUUUUAUAAUUGGUAUCCUACAAUUGGUUCUAAUGGAUUUUGUAGUUUAAAUGUUAAUUUUGGCCAAAAAGAAUUUAAGUAUAAAGAAGCUAAUGGUAUGAGCGUUGCUGGUAUAAUUUCUCAAGAAUUAUUAAAUAAGAUAGAAAAAGAAAUUAUUAAUGUAGAAUAG